GCCCCCGGGACAGAGGCCUCGACUGGCCCCACCCCAAGAUGACGUCCCCCAAAAACAAAGCCAAGAAGAAACCGCCGAAAGACAGCAUGACACUGUUGCCAUGCUUUUAUUUUGUAGAGCUCCCCAUCGUCCUAUCCUCUUUGGUGUCCCUGUACUUCCUGGAGCUGACAGAUGUGCUGUCCCCUGCGAUGGUGGGCUUCCGUUGCCAUGACCGUGACCUCUCCAUGCCCUACGUAGAGACGGGCGAUGAGCUCAUCCCGCUGUUGAUGCUUCUGAGUUUGGCCUUCGCUGGCCCUGCGGCGUCCAUAAUGAUGGGGGAGGGACUGAUGUACUGUAUGCAGUCCAAGCUGAAGAGCUGUCCCAAGUCUGAGAGCAGCAUCAACGCUGGAGGCUGCAGCUUCAACUCCUUCCUACGCAGAACUGUGCGCUUUGUCGGUGUUCAUGUGUUUGGUCUCCUGGCAACAGCCUUGGUGACAGGUGUCAUCCAGUUAGCUACAGGUUACCACGCCCCUUUCUUCCUCACCGUCUGCCAGCCCAAUUACACGGCCCCAGGAGUGUCAUGUGACAACAACGCCUACAUCACGCAGGACAUCUGCAUGGGGAAAGACCAGUAUGCCAUCAUGUCAGCUAGGAAAACAUUUCCAUCCCAGCAUGCAACACUCUCUGGCUUCGCUGCUGUCUAUAUCUCCAUGUAUUUUAAUGCCAGCAUCAGCAGCACAACCAAACUGCUGAAGCCACUCCUGGUGUUUGCUUUCUGCAUGGCGGCAGGGCUCGCCGGGCUGACGCAGAUCACUCAGCACCGCAGUCACCCAAUAGACGUCUACGUGGGAUACCUCAUAGGAGCCGGCGUCGGCGUCUACCUGGCCGUGUAUGCAGUGGGAAACUUCAAAUCAUCAGAAGAAGAUGCUCCCUCCUUACAUAGACUCGCCCCAGCUCAGCAGAAGGACAGCCUGAGGGUGCUGAGCCAGCGGAGUCAUGACUCCCUGUACAGGAAGACUCCCAGGGUGUCGGAGAGCAGAGAGGAGCUGGGGGCAGGGCUGGGAUCUGGGGCCCGGAGUAAGGUGAGGAGGGAGAAGGCGUCCCUGGCUUCACUCAAGCGAGCAAGCGCUGAUGUGGAGCUCCUGGCAACCCGGGGUCCCAUGGGCAAGGAAACCAUGGUAACCUUCAGCAACACAUUGCCCCGAGUUGCAAACGGCAACAGCCCCAUCUCUCCCUCAGAGGAGCCGGUUACCACGCAGCGCCACAUGACCUUCCACGUGCCAUUUGACCCCCAGAGGUCUCGACAGCUGGUAUCAGAGUGGAAGCAGCGCUCGCUGGAGCUCCGCAGCCAGAGCUCACGAGACGAGGAGGAGGGAACUGAUGAGAGAGAUGGAGUAGAUGAAGGAGGAGGAGGAGCAGCAGCAGGAGAAGGAGGAGACCAGGGGAUGCCAUCCUCUCUGUAUCCCACGGUGCAAGCCAACAAGGGCACCGCCACACCAACUGGAGCCAGGAUGGUGGUGGCACCCCCACUGGUUCACAUCCCAGAGGAGGCCUCUCGGCCACCGCCUGUCUCCCCGAAGAGCGCUAAAACCCGUGCCAAGUGGCUGUCACUCACAGAGGGGGGAGCGGUGAAAGAGCCGGGAACAGGGCCCAUCGCGGUGUCGACUCCCCGCGUGCCCAACACGCAGCCAAACCAGCCGCCAAGCCAGCAAAGAGUCACUCAGGUGAUAGCUAUGUCAAAGCAGCAGGGUCAUGGGCCCAUCACCUCAUCCACUAAGACAUCAGAGGGUGGCUCCUCCUCCGGCGGCGGGUCCAACUGCUCAGAGUCGCCCUACUACAGGAUCCCGUCUGAUCGAGACAGCUGCACCGGGAGCAACCCAGGAAGCAUCGCCGGAAGCGGGAGCAUCGUCACCAUCGACGCUCACGCCCCUCACCACCCAGUGGUGCGUGUGUCGGCCAGUAACGGCAAGCCGUGGGAGUGGAGGAACACCAUCAGCGGGAACAUGAUGACCGCUGACACAGCAGGGGACAAACACCGCGUAGCGCUGCAGCGACAGGACAAUAUCAGUCACUACCGGGAUUACCGGACACUCCCAGUGAAAUCAGACUCGCUCUGCUCCUCCUCGGCCAGCGGCAGCGCUGAGGGAGGAGCGGAGCUGCCCCCCCCCAUGCUCCCCCCUCCUCCCCACCCCGAUCUACUGAUGGAUGGCCACAGCCAGACAUUGUCCCGCUCCUCCACCCUGCCUCGCCGGCCUUCCGUCUCCGCCCGCAGCCACGCUGAGCAGGAGCACUAUUACAAGGCCAUGCAGAACGAGAGGAUGUUAUAGUAAAGGGGGGAAGACUACGGACAUCAUUGCCAUAUAAAUGAUUGUACUUCAGAAGACUCAACUAAAAGAGACAGUGAAAAAAGUGGGUUGUGGCAGGUGAAAAGAGAUUUAUUACUUUCA